AUGGCUUACGUGCAACGAUUUACUUUCAACGUGACCAAGAAGGGAGAAAGACGCAGUGGUCGAUUAACUCAACAGGAUCUGGAUGAUGCCGAAAAUGAAGUUCUGAAGCAGGUACAAAGAGAAACCUUUGCAGAUGAGGUAACGACGCUGAAGAAUAAUCAAGUACUACCAGAAUACAAGAAGGAAUCGAUUGACAGAUCGAGCAUCGUGUACCAACUGAUGCCAAUGAUGGAUGAACGGGGUUUGAUGCGUCAAAACAGCCGGAUUUCAGCGGCGAAGGAUAUUCAUCACAGCGUGCGCUUUCCAGUAAUCCUGCCAAGAAAGCAUCGGUGCACGGAACUUCUGGUCGCACGCUAUCAUCGUCUCUACCGUCAUGCAAACUCCGAAACGGUAGUGAACGAAGUCCGCCAGCUGUUCAUCAUACCGAAACUGCGAUCGGUGGUAAAGCAGAUCGGACGAAGUAGCCAAUUCUGCAAAAUUCGUAAGGCACUGCCACCAGCACGGUUGGCCAUACACGACCGUCCAUUCAGUUACGUAGGAGUGGACUACUUCGGUCCAUUGUUAGUCAAGCAGGGCCGCUCGAAUGUGAAAAGGUGGAUUGCGCUCUUCACUUGCUUGACUGUGCGCACCGUUCACCUCGAAGUGGCAUACAGCCUGUCAGCUGCGUCGUGUAUUUCCUGCAUCCGACGAUUUGUCUGCCGCCGAGGAUCGCCUGUGGAGUUUUUCAGUGAUAACGCUACGAACUUGCACGGGGCUGAACGACAGCUUCGUGAGCAGAUCGACGAAGGAGUAUCAGCAACGUUCACCAGUGCCAACAGGAAGUGGACCUUCACUCCGCCAAGUGCUCCGCACAUGGGCGGUGCAUGGGAACGACUCGUCCGUUCAGUGAAGGCGGCGAUAGGGGAUGCGUACCGCGAAGGAAAACUCAACGAUGAAGAGCUGCAGACCGUGAUCGUGGAGGCAGAGGGCAUUGUGAAUACCAGACCACUCACGUACAUACCACUUGAUUCUGCGGAAUCGGAAUCGCUUACUCUGAACCAUUUCCUGCUGGGGAGCUCUAACGGGGUCAAACAGCCAAGCGUGUGUAUUGAGUCGGGGCUUUCUCGGGGCUUGUGGAACCACAUCCAGCGGUAG